AUGAAAGCAUUAAAUUUUUAUUUAUUAUAUAUGGCCUUUUUGGGUUCAUACAACAAAUUAAAUGUUCUAGGUCUUAUCAUCAGUCCUAAUAAUAAUAAUAAUAAUAAUAAUGACAAUGGUAAUAAUAAUAAUAAUAACAAAAACAUUAAUGAUUACAAAAGCACAUCUGACACACAGAUUAAUGCCGGUGAUGGAUAUCAUCAGGAAAGUUCUGAGUCACUUUUAAAAACAGAAAUGAAAAAAUAUGAUGAACAAAACCCCCAAAAAGAAAGCAGUCAAGAGUUUUCUAAAAGGGAUCCUGUUGGAGGAUUGGAACGUGCCUUGGAAACAAUUAGACUCAAUAAAACACCUUUACCACCAUGGUUAAAAACUAUAACAGGUUUAAACGAUUGGCCAGGUUUGGAACCACCCUAUAUUCCAUUGGAUUUUAUCGACUUUUCUAAAAUUCCUCAAAUUGAACAAUACGGCCCAAGUCAAUGCACCAUAGUUCCAAGAGACUCAUGCUCCUUUGAUUGCUAUAAGUGUGUUGAACCUGAUGAUGUCUACACUUGUCAUAAAUUAUCACAAACCUUUGAUGACGGCCCAUCAGACUCUACUGAGGAAUUGUUGAAACACCUAGGGGACACUAAAAGUACAUUUUUCAACUUAGGAAUUAAUAUUGUGAGUCACCCAAAUGUCUAUAAAAAAAUUAUUGAACAAGGUCAUUUAAUUGGUACACAUACUUGGUCGCACCCCUUUUUGCCAAGUUUAACCAAUGAGCAAAUAAUUGCCCAAAUUGAAUGGUCCAUCUGGGCUAUGAAUGCCACUGGUAACCAUAUACCUAAAUGGUUUAGACCUCCGUAUGGUGGUAUCGAUAACAGAGUCAGAAGUAUUACCAGACAGUUUGGUUUACAAGCUGUUUUAUGGGACCAUGAUACAUUUGAUUGGGAAUUACUAAACGGUAAUAGUCAAAGAACUGAAAAUGCUAUUUUUGAAGAUGUAAAAAAAAGGAAAGCUGAUAGCGCCAGUAAAGGCGGAUUAAUUUUAGAACACGACGGUGCCUCCAAAACAGUCGAAGUUGGCAAAAAAGUUUUUGAUAUUGUUGGAAAAGAUCAACUAACUGUUGCCAAAUGCAUUGGUGGUAUUGACUACAUUAGAAAAUAUUCCGAUUUAGAGAAAAAAUUGUAA